CUAAUGUGCACCUUUGACUCUAUUUUUCAACCAAGAGGAAAUUAAUGUUGCUCAGUAGAACUACAGGGUUCUCACUCGAGUGUCAAGUGUAAAAUUCAAUGACUUUCCCCGAAAAAAAGACAGAAAAAAUGAACUUCCAUGAUCCAAUAUAGUUAAUGGUACAUUGAAAUAAUUAACCGACCAACGAUUUUGCAGCUGCAUACUGUUCUCGACUCUUGAGAACUUGAGUGGGAAAUAGUGCUAACAACAACCACUCAACAACCACCAUUUUAGGAUUUUCUUGUCAGGAAUGGAACGUAAACUUUACUCAUGACCACAUAUGUGCUGUGAGUGGAUCCUCAGUGGUCAUGCCCUGCUCAUUCACUCAUCCACCCAAUCUCAGGGUGACUAAACUCUUCUGGACCAUACAUCCUCAACCAAAUAUAGAGCCCAACAAUCUGUUAGAUAACCCAAAUUACCAGGAUCGACUCUUGAACAGUACAUAUAUUGGCAAUAUCUGCACACUGACCCUGAGAAAGGUGAAGCUUGCAGAUACAGGAGAGUAUCACCCCAGAAUUAUUACUGAAAAUGAAAACCAAAAAUGGCUUCAACGACCUGGACUGCAUUUGACAGUAACAGACCUCUCUGUGUGGAUUCCCAGGCCAGUGACUGAAGGAAUUGAUGUGAAGAUGAUCUGCAACAUGUCCUGUGGAUCGGAAGGUAACCCAAGAGUGAUUUGGAAGAAGAAUGGAGAAGUGUUACCUUUUCAAGAAGGAAAUGAUAAUGACCUCAUCCUCGUCAAUGUCAAUACUGGACAGGAGGGUGACUAUUCAUGUACACUGAAGGGUUUUGAGGAACAUUCAUCUCCAUUAGUGAACCUUGCCAUCAUGUUUGCACCAAAGAACACCUCCAUUUCAGUGAACCCAUCUCAUCUUGUUUUUGAGGGGGAUUCAGUGAAUUUCACCUGCAGCAGUGAUGCCAAUCCACCAGUGGAGAACUACACCUGGUUUAAGGUGAAUGAGUCCACUCCAGUAGGAUCAGGACAGCAGUACAGCAUCACUAACAUCAGGCCUGAGGAUGGAGGACAGUACUACUGUGAGGCCAGGAAUGACAUUGGUGCUGGAAACUCACUUCCUGUGCUCAUCACAGGUAUGGGUAAACAAGUCCUACCAGAAAACCAAACCUAUGUUGCAUUUGUCAUCGUCGGCGUCAUUGUAGCUGCGAUUGUGGGCAUCUCAUGCACUCUCAUUCACAUGAUUAGAGGCCAGACUAAGGAAGAGUUCCAGAUAUCUGCGGGGAGAAGAGCAGCUGGCUCCCCCAGUGUUGAGGCUGCAGGAGCACCAGAGGAUGAUACACAGUACUCCACCAUCCAGCCCCACAGCCCUGGACAGACCGAAGACACUCAGACGCAGGAGGAGAAGGAGGAGGAGGAGGAGGAAGAGGAAGAGGAUGAGGUCCAGUAUGUCACUGUGCACAUCCGCAGACCAAAAGAGUCAAGUCCCCCUGUCCAACCAGAGGAGGCGAUCACCACCAUCUAUUCUACUGUGCCAGCCAUAAAGGAGCCUAAGCAGAACAAACAGAAGAAGGCCAUAUCCAGGAUGUCUGUAGCAACAGAGCCCCUUUAGGGAGAGCCGGUCCACUUCCUAUUAACUCCAUUGUACCGGAUUGUUCCUGCAAUCUGUUGAAAUUCCGCUAGGGACGUUGCCGAGCAAGUGAUAAAUGAAUUGUGGUCUAUGGGGCUAAGCGGCUAGAACUCGUUUUUUUCACAGUUGACAACUUCAUUUCUUAAUGUACAUUGUCGUAGUAGCUACCUGAGUAUAGGUUUUCCACUGGAAAUGAAAUAAAAAGUCACUCAUGUCCUUUCUGCUUUUCAUAGGAUGGGCCGUUUUCCCUGUAACAUGCUAGCAUUUAGCUCAUGGAUGCUCGCGACACUCGCGACCGAUUACGACCGUCGUGAAGCUGAACCUUCUUUUAGGUCUAUGGCCGUAAAGUGGUUCGCUUGUGUCACGUGACAUGAAAACUUUGAAAGGGUUUUUAGGAAUAACAACACAUAUUGAAAAUUGUAUUGGUCAGCUGAUUGUCAAGUCAAGUUAUCCUGCAUCGCAUGCAUUAAUGCAAUUUUAGGAGAAAAAAUUAUAUAACGACAAAUGCGGUACUGGGGGGUUCAGCUCCAUUGCUACCAAUUCAUUCAUCACUUGCUCGCGAUCGCCCUCUAGUUGCAGUACCAUGCGGAAGUAUUUCGCUAGUGGUCCUUCUCCCCUUAUUAGACAUUCUCUGGUAGCAACAUAAUGAGAGAUGGCAUGGUGUAGGAGGUUUUCUACUUUAUCCUCAUAGUACUUAGGAUACAUUGUCUUCUGUGUUUCAGCAUGUGCCUGAAAACUCUGUGCAUCUCUACAAACAAUAUGUGUACAUGUGUUUUAAUAUACUGUAACUUAUGUCUUGGUAUAAGCCAACCCUGUGGUUUUGUAUUAGUAUACGCUAAAGUUUUAUUCUUGUGUUUGUUUGUUUGUUCUCUUAAAUAAAUUAUUCAGAAGGAGUCUUCUCAAUUUCUGAAUGUGAUUUCA